AUGCCGCCGAAAGGCUACGCACGGCGCGGCCCCUCUGCGGCUUCCGCAGGGAAACGGGAUCUCGCUGCCACUGCAGCGUUUGGACUCUCCAGCGAGAGUGACAGAGCGGCGUCACCUGCGCAGUUGCAGCAGCUGCAGCAGCGCCGUGAAGCCCUUGAGCGCCACCUGGAGACACUCGACCUGCGCGUGUACGAGCUGGAGACGGUGUAUCUCGGGCAGUAUGUGGAGUUGGGCGGUUGCCUUUUUGACGGAUUUGGACUGGAGCGGCAGCAGCAAUGGUGCACCACUACUGCUACUGCGAACACCGGAAGCCAGGCCGCGGCUUACCGUGCGCGGCUGCGGAGCUUUGCGCCAAACGACCGUGUCUUCACUGCGUCGUCUGUGGGGGCGCUCGGUGUGGUGGAGCGGCUCAAGUCACUCGAGGCGGUAAGUGGCAGAGGGCGGAAGCGCUCGCGCAGCGACAUUUAA